CAAGCAGCCUAGCGAGCGGCCGCAGCGCCCCAGUCGGGAGGGAGGCGGCACCAUGGAGCUGAAGAAGGACAUCAACGCCGUGUCUAUCGACAUGCUGCUGAUCGUGCACUCGGAGAAGCGGCGCGCCGCACAGGGCACGCACUCAGACCUGCAGGCGGACCCGGGCGCUCUGCUGCAGCGCUGCGGAGGAUUCCAAGGCGUCGGAAAUGGAGUCCGAAGAUGGCAGAAAUUAGAAGGAAACAACCUUCACGGGACACAGCUAACUGUAGAGGUCCACCCUCGAGAUGCCAUGCCCCAGCUGCUCAAGAAGUUCUCCUUGGCUAAACGUUUACAAGGUGAUAAAAAUGGAAACACAAGACCCCGGCAGCCUGAAGGGAAAGAUGCCCAUGCCUACCCCUGGGAUCGGUCCAGCCUGAAAUCCAUGCCCCUGGACCUGCGGCAAUUUGAGAAACUGGACACCUAUGCCUCACAGGUGACAGCCAAGAGUGGCCUGGAUGAGCUGGUGAAUGACCUGCUCCAGGAGGCCCACAGUGACUUGGAAAGAGUCCGUGCCAUCUGGAUCUGGAUCUGCCAUCACAUAGAAUAUGACAUGGCUGCUGCCCAGGAGAAGGACCACCAGGCCUUCAAACCCACUGACAUCCUGCGGACUCAGAAGACCAACUGUGACGGCUAUGCUGGCCUCUUUGAGAGAAUGUGCAGGAUCGCCGGAGUGCAGUGCAUGACUGUGCCUGGCUACUCCAAGGGCUUUGGCUACCAGACAGGGCAGAGCUUCUCCGGGGAGUUCGACCACGCCUGGAAUGCUGUGUAUCUGGAGGGGAGAUGGCACCUGGUGGACAGCACCUGGGGCAGUGGCCUGGUGGACACCACCACCUCCAAAUUCACCUUCCUCUACAACGAAUUCUACUUCCUCACCCAUCCUGCGCUGUUCAUUGAGGACCAUUUCCCAGACAACAAGAACUGGCAACUGCUGAAACCGCCUCAAUCUCUAAGGCAGUUCGAGAACAAUAUGUAUCACAAGAGUGAAUUCUACAACAAGGGGAUGCUGAGUGCCCACCCAGAGACUUCCGUAAUCAGGACAGUGAACGGGAAGGCCACAGUCACCAUCGAGAGCUGUGCCCCAACACUGUUCAUGUUCAUGCUCAACGGCAAGCAGGAGCACGGGCUGCUGAGCCUCAGGAAGAACGGGAUGAAGCUGGAGGUGUACCCUCCCACCAUGGGCACCCACAAGCUGCAGAUCUUCGCCAAAGGCAACUCCGACAUCUACAGCUCAGUGCUGGAGUACACGCUCAAGUGCAACUACGUGGACAUGGGUGUCCAGCUGCCAGCUGAGCUGCACCAGCCCGUGGGCCCCAGCUGGUUCUCAGAGCAGAUGGGCAUCACAAAGCCCUCCCACCCUGACCCCCUCAUCCACACCAGCGAUGGGCGCUGCUCUAUCAGCUUCGGUGUGGAGGAGGGCAUCAGCGUCCUGGCUUCCCUGCAUGGAGACGACGGCCCCAUCACCGAGGAGACGCAGCGGCGCUACAUCUUCCAGCUGCACCGGGAGAAGCGGAUAGAGCUGAAAGUCCAGCUGCCACAUGCUGGCAAGUUUGCCCUCAAGAUCUUUGUCAAGAAGAGGCAGGAACCAGGAAACUACAUCUUUGUCUUCAAUUAUCUCCUGUGCUGUGCCAACACCAAGGUGAACUGGCCCGUGUUCCCUGAGAGCUUUGGCAACUGGGGGCAGGACAAUGAGCUGCUGGAGCCCCUGUCGGGUGUGCUUCCCGCCAACCGGAAUGUCCCAUUCAAAUUGAAGCUCCAUGGUAUUGCCAAAGUCCUGGUGAAGGGGCAGGACACGUGGCCCCUCACCCUGAACCAUGAGGGCUACUGGGAGGGCAGCUGCAGCACGGCCGGCUGCCAGGAAGUCUACGUCAUGGUGCUGGAGAACGCCAACCACAACUUCUACUCCUACAUCCUGAAAUACAAAGUGAAUGCCCAGUGAGGGCCUGGGCCCCGGCGUACCCUCCAGAGGGCCAAGGCCAGGCCCGGGGAGGGCCCAAAGGCAGUGCAGAGAGCCCUGGGCACCCCUGAGUCUGCAUGAAAUCACUUCUAGGGCUCUGCCUCAGUGUCCCUGCUCUGCCGCAGGAGCUGUGAUAUUUACGUUCUGAAGGCUUCACUCAGUUGUCGCCCUGGCCAAGGGGACAGAGGCAAAGGCUCUUUAGAAGAAAAAGGUGCUAUGUAAAUCCAAGGUAUUGUAAACUGUACACCAGCGCCCAGAUGCCCCCUUCUCGUGUUAAUGCUUUUGUUCUUGUUGUUAUAGGGUUGAUGUGGGAAAGCAGGGAUGUUGCCCAGGCUAAAAGCUUUUCACGUGAUGCUUAGAGAAUGCUCCUCCACGCCCAGGAGGGUCAUGAUUUGCAAGGCUGAGUCAUCCUUGAAU